AUGUCCAGCCGGAGAUCCACGAGUGGGGAGGACCAUGGGGACUCGUUCAUGGACGGGGACGGAGCAGGAGAGCGGGACAAUGGGAGCCGACGGGAGAUCCGACACAAGUACCGGGAGCUAAUGCAGAACAUGCAACAGAACAGAGAAGACAUUCUCAGCUCCCGGAGUAACAGGCUGACUGAGACCUUGGAGCAAGCCAAUAAACUCUUUGAAGGAGUGUCCAAAGCCAGAGAAGCUGCACUUGACGCUCAAUUAUUAGUUUUGGCAUCAAAUCUAGGGAAGGAGAAAGCCAGCCAACUCCGUACAGACCUGACCGUGUUUGACCCAAGUUCAUUUGCAGAGGACUUGCUUACAUUCAUGGGUAUUAAUCGGUUGGAAAACCCAGACAGUGAGAGUGAAGAUGAAGGAUUUGCCAAAGGAUAUCUUCCCCCAGAUGCUUGGCACAAACUUGGAUCUGGAGCUGCUAAACAUUUCAAAAGAACUCCUACCUUUCAUUUCAUGCUAGGCUCCUUUAGGACAGAAGCUGUAGUUCGGCAAAAAAUUGAACGCCAAAGGGCUAGUAAAGUUGAAGAGAGGAGGGUGAUGCCAGCACAGCUGAAAAAGAUGGAAGAGUCUCACCAGGAAGCAACUGAAAAGGAAGUGGAGCGUAUUCUGGGCUACCUACAGAGCUAUUUUAGAGAAGAUCCUGAUACUCCCAUAUCGUUCUUUGAUUUUGUUAUCAAUCCUCAUUCUUUUGCUCGUACAGUUGAGAAUAUUUUUCAUGUUUCUUUCAUCAUUAGGGAUGGUUUUGCGAGAAUAAAGCUUGAUAAUGACAAGCUGCCAAUUAUAGAACCUGUAGACCAAGGAAGUGAGUCUCAAGAAGACAAGGAUAAUCAGCGCAGGUACCAAGGAGUCAUCUCCCUUAGCCACCAAGACUGGAAGGAAAUAAUCGAAACUUUUGAAAUUACAGAAUCUAUGAUUCCUGAUCCUCUCUCAUAA